CGUCAGCGCGGGACUUCUGUGCAGUAUGUUAGACCCUGAAGGCAGUGUGGAGUACAAAGCGGAUUCUUCCUUCCCUAGAGUUUUUCUUAUUCCCUUAGCCAUGCUGAUCGUCAUAGGAGCAUUGCUCUUCUUAGCAUUUUCUGCCUCCGAACAGAAAGAGGACAAUUUUUACUCCUAUAAAGUGAUCAACAUUAGAGGCAAGCUAGUCUCCCUGGAAAAAUACAGAGGCUCGGUAUCCUUAGUUGUCAAUGUUGCAAGUGAGUGUGGCUACACUGACAGCCACUACAAAGCCCUGCAACAGCUUCAGAGAGAUCUUGGCUCAUAUCAUUUUAAUGUGCUGGCCUUCCCUUGUAAUCAGUUUGGACUGCAAGAACCAAAUACUAACAAAGAAAUCGAGAAUUUUGCCAGGAAAACAUAUGGAGUCUCCUUUCCCAUGUUCAGCAAGAUAGCAGUCAAAGGGACUGGGACAAAUCCAGCCUUUAAAUAUUUAAUUGAAGCCACUGGUGAGGAGCCAACUUGGAACUUCUGGAAAUACCUUAUAGAUCCAAACGGGAAAGUGGUAAAAGCUUGGGACUCUACUGUCACUAUUGAAGAAAUAAAACCUUACAUCACUGAACUUGUGAGGAAUAUCAUCUUGAAGAAAAAGGAUGAACUGUGAUUUUUUACAAGAAAAAUUACAUUAGUUUUUGUACGUCUAAUUAUCAUUUGGAUCAUUAUUUUAGCUCUUCACAUUCCUAAAAAAAAGUGUGUAGUCAAUAGACAUUUGUCAACAUGACUUCUUUUAACAUAAGUUAGUUUCAUCCUCCAAGUAUUAUUUUUUUUAAGUCUUACAUUCAAUCCAUUAUUCUGAGUUAACUAGAAGGAAAUAAUUUUGUUGGGGUUGAGGGGAGGGCAACCAUAUCAAAGGCCUGGGAUUUUUUUAAUUUCCCAUUUCAAGUCACUUAUUGAUUGUGGUGAAAUGAAGAGGCGAUUAGGAUCUCUCUGCAGGCAGAUAACCUCAGCUCAAAUAGAAUCAAAUAGAAUCUGGAUCAAAGUCCCUUCUGUGAAUGGAAAGGCGCCUUUCAACUCAUUAAUCCCAAACUGUUGCAUUCCUGUGUUUUGUCCAUUGUCAUUCAUUUUUCUCGUGUUGAUUUACUGUUAUUUAAAAAGCAAAACAAAUCUUCCCUGCAAUUGCAGUGCAGUGCUUUCAGGUGUGAACUGGCAUGUUAAGGAAGAGGAGUGGUUGAUGAUGUUUUUGGUGACACUGUGUAAUCCUACCUUUCUGGCCCUCUUAAGAUCCAGAGGUAUCCACACUUUAAAGUGGUGAAACUAAUAAGAAACUUCUAACCAUCUCAGUCCUUUGUGUGGAGAAACGUGGAGAAACAGACAAACUUUGCAGAGGAAGGGGAAAAGCCUUCUCAAUGGCACAUCAGCAUUAGAGCACAAUCAUGUAGUAGUAGUAGUAGUAGUAGUAAAUAAUAAUAAUAAUAAUAAUAAUAGAAAAUACCUACAUCCCGCUUAUGCAGCAAGUGUAAACUAGGGUCAUAAGUUUUGCCACAUUUCUCCAGAUUCAACAUGGAAUGGGUAGGUGCCACUAAAAGAACUGCUUUCCCCUCAACAUAGAACUGGGGUAUGUGGCCUCUAGUUGUUGUGGACUACAACUGCCAUCAACCCUCACCAUUUGUCAUGCUGGUUGUGACUGAUAGUUCACAACAGCUAGAGGCCACCAGGUUGGUUUCCCAUGGUACAGAAACUAGAUAAUGCUCAAACAGAGGAUUGGAACUUGCAUAGCAUCAUCAUCAUCAUUGUAAAUAACUUUUUGUUGUUGUCUGGAAGCAUCCAUAUAUUUCCUCCAUAGCAACCACAUUGUUGGAAUUAAGUGACUUGACUCAGAACAGGAGCUAUCUCUGCUUAUAACCACUGGUGAAAGGAGUGGAUAAUUUUUGUUAACUGAACCAGAAUAA